AUGAGGAUCACUUCGAGUAAGUGGUCGCAUUACAAUUUCCCUGAAGCUGAAGAUGAAAGCCGGGAAAAGGCAUACAAGGUGGUCCUAAUUUUUUCCCUUUCGAUCUCAUUGAUGACGUGGACGGCGAUGUGCACGGCAAUGCCAUUCCUCUAUCAGUACACUUACAUUGCCAACAAACAGUUCGAAAACGUUAUCGACUUCUGCGAGUUUACUGCACGAUCAGUAAAGAACGACACAUCUCUUCUAUUGAACGAGUUGAUUACGAUGCCAAGCUGGCAACGUAACGAAAUUUAUAGAAACAGAACUGUAGGUUUCAAUAAAGACUCUUUCUUAUUCUUUUAGCGUUUCGAACGUCAAAUCCCCUUCGAGUCUCAUAGUUCCGGUUGUCGUUGUGAGCCUGAGCAAGGCGCACCCGGUUUGCCAGGACGAAAAGGAAUGAAGGGAACCCAAGGUCGUCCUGGAACCUCUGGCAUCCCUGCAAGACUUCCGUGCGAGCCACUAAAGGAUUUGAAAAAGUAUUGUCCAGAGCAAUGUCCUCAAGGUCUACAAGGGCUGCCUGGCUCACGAGGUGAACACGGAGAUAAGGGACCUGAAGGCGAGAAAGGAACGCCAGGAAAGGAUGGCGACAACGGGAAACCGGGGCCACGAGGACAACCGGGCCCUCCUGGAAUUGACGGAACCGAUGGAGAUGAUGGUAAGUUAAGGGGUUUCUUUGUAAGAAAUGUUAUAAUCGCCUUGUUAAAUAAAAUUUUUUUAGGCGAACCCGGAGUUGACGCGCAGCCGACACCAUUCAUCCCAGGACCAGCUGGCCCACUGGGCGACCCUGGAGAGCAAGGUCCGGCUGGCCCACGAGGUAUGCCGGGAAUUGACGGCCCGCAAGGCCCCCAAGGAAAACGCGGCCUAGCUGGAGCUAAUGGCGUUCCCGGAUUCCGCGGAGUUUCUGGUCCACCCGGCCCCAUGGGAGACCCCGGUGAGCCCGGCAAACAAGGUGUUUGCCCAACGUAUUGUGCGACGGACGGCGGAGUCUUUUUCGUCGAGCCUCCAGAUUGGUUCUUUAACCAGAACUAG